CUAACAUGCGGAAGAGCUGAACAGCUCCUCCAAGACCUUUGACUCCCUCAGGAAACAACAGGAAAGGCUACUUUCUCUUUCUGUCAUGCGAAUAUUCUGUAAAACGCUGUUGGAACAUGACAUCAAACCUACCAAUCAGCCCCAGUUAUAGCCAGCUGGACGAAAACAAAUCUGAAAACAAAAAUGAAAAAGGGCAGUACAUUUUUUUCUUGAUUCUGAUUUUAUUGUUAGGCACUGAGACGUUUAUCACAGCUUUUCUUCUUUAUGACUUCUCGGAGGAUAUUCACAGAACUCGUGAAUCAGGCAGAGAUGGAGGGUAUCCAAUCCACUGUCUCUCCGCAGAUGUCACCCAACCAGCAGAUCAAGCAGGUAUCGCAAGUUGUGACUUGCUCAAUCAAGAACUGAAACAAACUGCACGGCAGAGGCUGUUGCUAGACAUACAAAAUUAUGUACUGGGAACAUUGGAAGAACAUAACAUCACUGAGAUUUUCAAACCAGCUGUGCACGUCGGGGCAAAACAAGAGCUUAAGCAAUAUCAAAGGCUUCAGAAAAAUGACGAAACUCCUGCACUGGAUCGUAUCCAGUGGGACAAUAUGAAUGGCCAAGUCAGUCAGGAAGGAUUAAUGCGCUUGAGCCCCGAAGGAGAAAUAGCGGUGCCACACGACGGAAUUUACUUCGUUUUCUCUCAGGUUAAUUUCGAAACACAAUUAGGACAGAAUAUGCACUUUACCCAAUACUUAUACAAGAGGACAGCAUCCUAUCCACGACCAGUGAUGCUCGCAAAAGCCGUAGUGACUCCCUGUGUGAGCGUAAGGUCUGAUGUACAGCUUUAUUCCAACCACCAGGGGGCGCUGUUCCGCUUAGAAAAAGGCGACAGGCUCUCCUUGUACGUGCUGAAUAUAAGCGCCGUGCGCUUCCCUCAGGAGUCCACUUACUUUGGGGCAUUCAUGAUUAACUAAGCAAAACUGGAGCAUUUUGAUUCAAUUUAUUUCUCAUUGGCCUAUAUGUUAUCUGUUCCCAUGAUAUUUACGAAAAAAAAUGUAUGUAGAGAUGAUGAAUAACAGCUUAUUUUGUCCACAUCAUUGUUAAAUAAUGGUGUUUUUAAAAAAAAAAAAAAAAAAGUUAAUUUAGUUUUAAUGGAUUGUUCAUUGUUAAUUAAAUCCAUAUGUGAAUUAUA